AAUUAAACAUUCUAACCUUUUCUACAAAACAACGACAAAUAUCUCUACACGAUUUCAGCCACCAAAAAUGAUAAAACAACAAAUUCAAGCAACAUGAUCCUUCAUGCUGCUUCUCCAUGUUCAGCCAUUUUCCCCACAAGCCAUGCUUCUCAACAAGCCAAACCUAGAUCAACAUCCUCCAACUGCGCGCACCAACGCAGUCCGGAACCGCCACCGUUCCCACCAUUGUUUUGCCACAACCAUUCUUACCAAUGCGGAAGGAGGCGUUUCAUUGAAGCAGCAGCAGCCACAUCUCUGUUUCCUCUAUGUCCUUCAAUGGCCUCUUCUAAUUCAUCCUCUGAUUAUGCUGCUAUUUUGAACAGGGUUCAUCCUCCUAAGCCAGAUUGGUACGAGGAUUUUUAUGCGUCAGUUCUGGCUAAUGGCAUGAAAUCGUAUGAAGCGGAGAUUGCAGAUUACAAGUCCCAGAUGUUUGCCAAUUUAAGAGGGAAGGCCCAGAAAGUCAUGGAGAUUGGAAUUGGUGCAGGUCCUAACCUUAAGUAUUACGCUGGGAAUGAAGGUAUGGAGGUUUAUGGUGUGGAUCCAAAUCAAAAAAUGGAAAAAUAUGCUCGGGAAGCAGCGCAGAAUGCUGGUUUGCCACCUGAGAAUUUUGAGUUUAAACAAGCAGCUGGUGAGGCUAUACCAUUACCUGAUGCUUCUGUUGAUGCUGUCGUUGGAACACUUGUCUUGUGUUCUGUGACGAAUGUUGACAUGACUCUAAAGGAGGUGAAGAGGGUUCUUAGACCUGGUGGACUAUACAUAUUUGUCGAACAUGUUGCUGCAAAAGAAGGAACCGGGCUUCGGUUUAUACAGGAUCUGCUUGAUCCUCUACAGCAGAUCGUUUCUGAUGGAUGUCACCUUACACGCAGGACAGGGCAGAAUAUAUUAGAAGCAGGGUUUUCAAAUGUUGAUCUAAACAUGGCUUCCUUCUCUAAUGCCGCCUUCAUAAAUCCUCAAAUAUAUGGAGUUGCUUAUAGAUGACUAAAAAUGGAACCCCACAUUUUUUUUGGCAGGCCAUGUUGAAGCAGGGGAAGGCGUAUAGAUCAACCAUGAAUAUCCUUCUCGUCCCACUAAUUGCAUAUGGAGUGCAUAAAAUAUUAAAAUUCUUCUUGUCCAUUAUGCAUCUCCUCUGUUUCACGGUUGGAUGGUCAUUUCAUGGUGUCUGAAAGACGCACUAAAAAAAUUCUGAGGGAGGAAACGUUUUUUUUUUUUUUUUUUUUUGUUAAAUUAUAAAUGAUUUAUCAAAUAAAGUUUUAAUUUUACCUUUUCCAUUUUGAAGUUGGGAAGUGUAA